AUAUCGACUCAAGUUCCCUCAACUGUAAUUUCACGGUCAAUGGCUAGCUGAAAGGAAAUGGCUUGAAGGCUGCCAGCCCAACUCGGGUACCAUUCAAGGAACUAUUGUAGAUUGCUCUUCGCGAGAUCACGAUCGACCGCGCUCGAAACGAGAAGUUGCUUCUAGUUACAACCAAGUCAUGUCUGCCUCAUGUCUUCUACACUCCUCCGUUCACAGAUAUCCAAUAUCGACCGAAAUAAUGUAGACCUCGAUCUAGUUGUGGUUCAUACCUGUGGCACCGUGGACGCCGUCCUCGUUGUUGUUAAGGAUAAAAGGACAAUGAAAGCCGGUGGAUCUGUACCCCACCCUUCCACCUUUAAUCUAGUUGUCGUAACUAACUUCAAGUCAUCCGUCCUCGUAAUGGAACAGAUAGUCUAUUUCGACGCUAUCUUGUUCCCAUCGGACGGCCGCUCACCUUCACUCAUUCAAUUGAUGACUAGUCCUAUGGCCGUCGGACACCAUGCCGCGCACAUCAGUCCGACUCGAAUGCCGCAUCCAGAGGUACACAUGGACUAUAUAGCCGAAGGCCUAGGCCAUCGGGCUUGGAAAUACCAGCUUGUGGAAGCUCUAGACGGGAUGAACCGCAAGUUCGCCAACCCAUAUGUUAUCUUCUACCCCGUUAUUUCUCGUGAUGGGAUGCCUUUCCCUGUCAAUAAGGUCAUCCGCGAUAUACAGGGAGAAAAUUUCGUCGAAGAGGUCACUUGGCGUGGCAACAUUGUCGUAGCAAAAUACCGCGACAAUCCUUUCACUUCAAUGAUAGACGCCUCAAUGGCCGACUUUCCGAUCGUCAAGAAUUACCUCCUCACGCAUGGGUGCCCAGGGAUGUGAUACCGUCUAUCAUGAUUCACCUUAUUUAUUCGACGAUUUUUUUGGUCGCCAUUAUGCAUAACGCCGAUCAGUGAUCGUGUAGUUCGUCAAAAAUUACCAUCUUC